UGCCAUCAACGAGGACUCCCAGGUCCCUUUCCUGGCACUGCUUUCCAGCAUCUCAUUCCCCAGUCUGUCUUCAGGCACCCAGAUUGUCCCAUCCCGGGUGCAGAAUUUGACACUUUCCCUUGUUUAACUUCAUACGGUUGAUGAUUGCCCAGCUCUGUAAUUUAUCAAGGUCUCUCUGCAGGGCUGAGUUAAUGUAUACUGUUCUCUAGAAGCCUUAUGGAAUAGGCAGACCCUGCCUCCUCCUAGCCUGGGGCUCUGCCUGCAGCAGCCCAGGAGGUAGGGAGGAGGCUGGGGCUGCUGCCUCGGCCCUGCCUUGCUCUGUAUGUGGUUCCACACGAUCUCACCACACCUCACCACCUUCCCUCACCUGGCUCCUCCACCCUGCCUUACCUUGCCUCCCCACUGGGCUGCUCCAGCAAAGGGUUGCGUGAGGCUGAUCAGGUGCAAGACAGCUGCUCCCACCCCACAGCCUUCUCCCAGGCUCUUCCCUGUAUCUGUAUCAACAAUAAUGUACCCAGCAGUACUAGAGAAGUGAUCAUCCCCCUGUGCUCAGCAUUGGCGAGCCUGUACCUCAAGUACUACGUUCAGGUUUUGGCCCAUCACUUUAAAGAGGAGUUUGAGGUGUUGGAGUGGGUCCACCAAAGGGCAACAAGGCUCGUGAAAGAUCUAGAAAACUUGUAUUAUGAGGAACGGCUUAAGGGAGCUGGGUUGGUUUAGUCUUGAGAAGAGGGGGUGCAGGUGUGACCUCAUUGCUCUCUACGACCACCUGAGAGGAGGUUGCAGUGCGACAGGACCCAUCUUUUCUGCCGCACCUGCAGUGAAGAGGACAAAAACUGAGACAGAGGAGAUUCAGAUUAGAUACUAGAAAAAAAUUUUUCCCCAUUGGGGUGGUCGGGCACUGGAAUUGGUUUCCCAGGGAGGUGGUGGAGUCACCCCUGGAGGUGCUCAAGAGGAGUCUGCAUCUGGCACUGGGCGAUGUGGUUUAGUGGUUUAUGGGUUACAGUGGUAGCACUGGGUGGACAGUUGGACUGGAGGAUCUUAAAGGUCUCUUCCAACCUUGAUGAUUCUAUAAUCCUGUGAUUCCCCAUGCAUGCUUGAGCAGGUGCCCCAGGUGCCUUGUGGUUCCCUUGCUGCUGGCUGGGGCUCCUGCUCUCUGGCACUCUGCUGCUGUUCCUGGCACCAUCUCCAUGCCUGCUGAGCUCCACAGGGCUGGAAAGGUGUGUUGGCAGGGAGCAGUCUCCUGUCCACACCGACACCCUCCUGAAAUUAAAUGAGAAAAGAGAACAGGUUUCUGCUUUGCAAAUAACUUGUAGGUUUCCAGAAGCUAUGUGUGCCUUCCUGGUUAUCUGUGUUGCCAUAGAGAUACCCAUGGGACAACCAAGCGCUGUACACGCCAGUCACGCCUGGGCCACCAGAGACCAGAGGGCAGAGCCUCCAAAAUCAAGCAGCUGAAUAAACAGUGGUUUAUCUCAAGCUUGUAUGGAGAGGGCGAGAGGCAGCAGUCACGUAUUGCAGCAGGAAAAGUUCCCCGUGGGUGUGAGGAACAUGCUCCACGGGAGAGCAGCUGUGCAGUUUCCAGCCCCGGAGGCCCCUCCAUUGGCUGGAAAAGCUUGGGUGACCUGAUCCAACACUGAGGCUGUGCUUUAGCAGAAGAUUGGCAUCAGCAUGGCCCCUUCCAGCCCAAGUUAUUCUAUAGUUCAUUGUGUGAAGGGAAAGUUAAUAGCGAUGUGAAAGUGAUCUGCAUCUUGUAAUUGCAAGUGGUUAUGAGCCUGAUUAGGUUCUUAAAAAGUUAUGACAACUUCAGGAGCAAAGUCAUGAAGUCAAAUUCUUUUUAAGUGGGGAGGAAACGAAUUAACAUUGCUCCGCCUUUUUUUUCUUUUCCUAUGUAGUAGUGAAAGAGUUUGCCUUCUCAACUUAAGGUCAGACUCUGACCAGAGAAAACCUUUGUGAGCUGUGGUGGGAAACUGCUCUAAGUGGUUUAGUACUGUAUUCAGUUCUGCAUUUUAUCUCUUUCUGAUUAUGCUGGUGGCCAUGGGUCAGCCUCAGAAUUUGCUUGAACUAAGGAGUGAUCAGCAGGUUCAAAGCUAUAUAGUGCUGGUGUUAGAAAUGUAUAUAUACAUAUGCAAAUGAAAUCAGUGUUGUAACCAUUGUUUUUCUCUGUUUUUGAUGUAAAAAAAUGAAAAAGAAGUAAAAGAAUUUUUUAACUUUUCAGUUUCAACACUUCUACCACUCAUUUUUGCUUCCAAAAAUGACCACCUUAUCAGAAGUAAAUUGUUUGUUUAAGUGACUUAGAUAUUUUUCUUUGUUAACCCUUCCUGCCUGAUGUUCAGACCACAUGCAUUUUCACUGUUUUUAAUGUUAAGAUGAUGUUUUUGCUCCCCCAGGGCUUAUUUUUAUCACAUUACGGCUCUUAGUUAUAUAUAGCCUAUAUGUGCACUUUGUGAGGGAUGAUGCUCUGGACUUUGUGUAUUUAUUUGGUUUUGGUUUAUAGUCAUUCUCCUUUGGACAGUUGCAAAGCAUAUUUGCUAUCAGUGGUGCCAUCACCUCGCACCUAUAAACAUGACAGCGCAUGACAGCUGGUACAAUCAAGUCCUGAAGGGUUGGGUGUCCGUAGUACAGGUUGAAAGAGGAUGGAUGUGGUGUCAGAAUAAAUUGUUAGCUGGAUAGUCCUAUGGGGUUUGUGUGGUAGCAGCAGGGUCAGGAAGGGGUGAGUGAGAGUGGCAUCUUGGGGCAGAGGAAGGCAAAGAGAGGAGGAAGAACAGCAGCAAAGUGGUUGCAGAGCUGUCCCAGGCAGCCAGACCUCCUUUGGCCGGGAGGUCUGUCCUGUCAGGGUGCAUGGCUGCAACCACAAACAGUUUCAUUUGUUAAUGUGAACCAGUGGAAAGGUAGCUGUCUGCAUAUUUCUUCAUGGUGUGGGCUGCAACCUAAAACAAAUGCAGAAAAAAUUUCAAGUGAAACAACUACUGUGAAAGUUGUGGUAAUAUAUUUCUGUAGUGCUUUGUGGUCUGAUGGUGUGUGGCACUGACAAAGCAAAUUAUAUGCCAGUGGGUGCCAGGUUAAUCUGAGCAUCUUUGGUACUAACUUAGGUGAUUUUGCUCUAAUUUUCCCUUUUGCUGACACUUCGCUGUAGCGAAAAGCCAUGCCAGAGCUUUGUGCAAGUCAGGCAGAGCUUUGGCCCUGGGUCCUUGAUUUUUAGAAUGGGAGCAAAGGUCCUAAAGAGUAUGAAACUUCCAGUUGGUUGAUCAAAUUGGUCCUCACAAAGUGCUGACACCAGUGCCUCAUAGGAAGGUAGAUGAAACGGGCAGACCAUAGAUGUGAGUAUCAAAAUUUAUCUUGCUUUAAAUUUGUAUCGAUUGGUAUUGUAAUUGGGAGAUGCAUAAUUGCAGUUGAUUGUCCUAAUUUUAAAAGAAUUUUGAGUUAGCAAACAAGUAAAGAACGGAUGAAACAUUGCAAAUUUAAAGUAGAGAAUUCCUCAGUCAGAUCCUCUGGUUUUGCUCUGUUGGUACUUUUUUGUGGUAAACAUGUGCAGUAAUAAAUGUUUUCCAAAAAAAUAUACUCAAUGUCAUAGAAUAUUUAAGUAUUCCAAUUAUUUGAUGAGAUUUAGAUUCCACUUCUACAGUUCCCUGUAGGUAACUCCUUAUGUAAAGGUAACUCCAUUUACUCUGUGGGUAUAAACUGUUUCAACAGGUUUCUAAUAUCAGGAAUCUUGGGAGGUUUCUUUGAAGACAUCUUCUGCUGGAAGAAUGGCAUCAUCUUCUCUACAGAUCUGUGCAUUGCUGCUGGCUUUAGCAGGAUUCACCACUUUACUUGUUACUACCAUGUCCAACAGAUGGAAAGUUUUGGACACUGCGACAGAGCUGGUCACUGCAGACUGGGUUUCUGAAGGUCUUUGGAUGGACUGUGCAGCAACUGCUCUUGGAUCAGUAGAGUGCAAGAAAUUUCUGUACAUGUUGAGUUCAGACACUCAUAUUCAGGCAUGCCGUGCCUUGAUGAUUACUUCCAUCCUUCUGGGAUUCCUAGCUACAGUAGUCUCACUGCUUGGUUUGAAGUGCACAAACAUUGGGUUGAGCGAUGAGGAUGGAAAAAUGAAGUUUGCUGUCACAGGAGGAUUUCUUUUCAUUUUAGGAGGUCUCUGCUCCAUGGUGGCUGUUUCUUGGUAUGCUGCAAUCAUUACUGCUCAGUUUUUUGACCCACUGUAUGCUGGAACCAAGUAUGAACUGGGAGAAGCUCUAUACUUAGGCUGGACCGGUUCUAUUCUUUAUAUCCUUGGUGGGAUCUUACUGACCUGUUCAUGCAAAGGGAAGGAAAAACAGAAUUACAGAAUCAGCAAAUAUGGAUAUUCAGCAGGCCAGGCAGCUCCUCAGCCACACAUGUAUUCCAGGAACACUGAGACGAUCGUAAGCAACAAGGAGUAUGUCUAAACUUCCAUUUUGCAUCGCCUGUAACAUUAGUAGGUUAUGAACUCAAAUAAAGAAGUGAACUACUUCCAGGGUUCCGGUUCCAAGUUGCAAUCUUAUCCCUUAAUUCGGAGCAGUACAGGAGGAGGAGUGCUUUCCAAUGUAAAUAGGAAUGGUUUUCAGAUGUAAAUAGCUUUCUACAGAAGAUGUGAAGUGAAAUCCUGCCACAAGAAGGUUUUCUUCGUGCUGACAAGGCUGGUAAAAUUUAACCAGAGCGCAGUAUGUGCUGACACUUGAGAGCAACAGUUUCCAUUUCAGCUGACUCAAACAUGUGGAACUGAUAGCUGUGUUUGACUGCGAGUUCAUGUGCCUCACAGUUAAAAACGUAUUGUGUUUUCAUUAAUGCUUAGCUUCCUACUUUUGUUUAGCAGCUUUAGCUUUUUGACAGGAAAUAAACUUUAUUCCAUGGAUUGACUGGAACAGAUUUUUUGAUGAGUGGUAUCUUGGCAAUUAAUAAGGAUCUGAUGUAUUACUGCAAUUCUUAUUAUGUAUGAUAGUCAAGGUUUAUAAAAGCCACAAUAAAUUCUCCAGCAACCACUCACCUUCAAAUCUGCAGAUGUGCAACAAAUUUCAUGGUUGUAAUGCAGAUACCAAAAAUAAAUGAUAUGGAAUGAACCGAACACAGCUGGGAGUGGAGAAAGCAUCUGGUGUGAAAACGCCUCGUGGUAACUAAGAAAACAACAGCCUGAAUUUUUUAUUUUUAUUUCUAUGUUCUCAGCUUUUAAAAUAAUCCUAUUUUAACUUUGAGCAAUCUUUAACUUUGGGAACUUCUACUGCAUCUGAGUUGUCUAAUUCGUGUAAUUCCCCAGAGGCUCUAUUCUCUGUCAUUGUUCCAUCAUUAGAAUUUCUGCCUUAAACUACUCCACUGCUGGGAGCAUACGUUUGCCUUGUGUGAGCACUCAGACAGAUGGUGAUAAGCUAAUUUUAUUUUAUAUUUAUGCUUUAAGCAACAUGAAAUGGAAUUUCACCCUGCAGGUUCAUAGGUUUCAUAACUUGUCCCUUUUAUAUUACAGAUGUAUUCACACAGUUUGACAAAAUACCUUGGUGUUUAUCUCUAGUUCUAAUGUCUUACAAUAAACAUAUAAUAGUCUGA